AUGUGGAAGGCCUCCGACAAGCUGGCCGCCACCAUCAAACACUAUGCGAGCUUCCCCGCAACAGGCGUCUCGCUGCGCCAGAUGGUGCAAUUCGGCGAACGGCCAUCGCCAGGCACCUUGUUCCGAGCAUCUCAGUUCCUGUCUGAAGAACUGCCGAUCCGUUUAGCCCACCGCGUGCAAGAGCUGCACGACCUGCCUGAUGGGCUCAAUGAGAUGCCCUCAAUCAAGAAAGUGCGCGACUGGUACGCCCAGUCGUUUGAGGAGAUCAUCAACGUCCCCAAACCGUCCUUGAGCCAGGAAGUCAAGGCCCUUUUAAUGCGCCCUAUGAAGAGUAACGGCGAGUCGAAAACACUGAGCAAAGUAACGUGGAAUCCAAGCGUCAAGGAAGGCCAAUACAGAUCAUCCCCGACAUCCAUCAAUGGAAGCGCACAUGCCGACCCGGUCAUAACAAGUAACGGCAAGGUCAAAAUCGCUGCGUCGCGACGCUACUUUGUUCCCUCGGAUGACCGCAUACAGUGGCCGCCGGAGAUUGACGAUUUCAACCAACGCUUCGGCCAGACCUUGAAACAGAUCAAACGAAGGCACGAUGGCGUGGUGACGACCGUGGCACAGGGAAUUCUAGAGUACAAGCGCAAGCGUCAAAGACUACAAAUAGACUCGAGUAUACAGGCCUUCCUCGACCGCUUUUACAUGUCUCGUAUUGGCAUUCGGAUGUUGAUCGGUCAGCAUAUUGCAUUGACUGAACAAACGCAUGCCCAUCAUCCAAACUACGUCGGGAUCAUCUGCACAAAGACAAACAUUCACGAAGUUGCGAUGGAGGCGAUUGAAAACGCCCGCUUCGUUUGCGAAGACCACUACGGACUGUUCGAAGCACCCAAAAUACAGCUGAUCUGCAAGCGUGACCUGGAUUUCAUGUACGUGCCAGGCCACUUGUCGCACAUGCUGUUUGAGACCUUGAAGAACUCGCUGCGUGCAGUUGUCGAGAGACACGGCGCCGAAAAGGAGGACUUCCCAGUUACAAAAGUCAUUGUCGCCGAAGGGAGGGAAGACAUUACCAUCAAGAUCUCAGACGAAGGUGGUGGUAUCCCACGAUCGUCAAUCCCACUCGUCUGGACAUAUAUGUACACAACCGUCGACCAAACACCUAACCUCGACCCCGACUUCGACAAGAGCGAUUUCAAAGCCCCCAUGGCCGGUUUUGGAUAUGGCCUACCCAUUAGUCGAUUGUACGCCCGGUAUUUUGGGGGAGAUUUGAAGCUGAUCAGCAUGGAAGGAUACGGCACCGAUGUAUACCUCCACCUGAACCGGCUCUCCUCAAGCUCAGAACCACUCCAUUGA